AUGUCUUCUUCAGCAGGCACAAAGGUCACCUCCGACCCCCAAGCCCGCCAGGACCCAAAGAACGAAAACCCCGGCGUCGUCACCUCCGACUCUCUCGCCGGUGAAUCAGUGAAAGAAGGCGGCUCUUUCGCCGCCAACGCAGACGCUCGCGGGCCCAUGGACCAACCGUCCCGCUCUGUCAACACCGCCACCACCGACACCUCCAGCGCCACGCAGCUCGACCCCGCCCCCGCCGCCGAAGCCCGUCAAGCCAGCCAAGAAUGGAGCGAGAGCGCACAGCUCAACGCCGGCAGCGGACUCGAGGGCAAAGGACCGACCUACAACACCGCAGCGGGAGGUAGCGGUGCGCCGACGGGCUCGAGUGGCAACGCGGGCACCGCGCCGGGGUAUGUGUCGCACCCUGCGCCGGUGAUGGGGGACAACUUCCAGCCAAAGGGGAAGAACAUUUCCGAGGGCGGGUUUGAUGAGAAUGCGCCGAACGCGAGCUUCAAUACUGAGAUUGGCGGGAAGAACGACCCUGGUAGGGUGGGGUUGCAGCAGCAGGACGUACCGGUGUCUGGCGGUGCGGGAGCACGGCAGGGGCAGGUUAGCAAUGAUGGGCAGUAUGAUGUAUUGAAGGAUGCGAGUGCGUAG